AUGUACAAUUUUUAUGAAAUCAAGCCACUAGAGCGAAAUAAGAAAAAACGUUGGGACACCUUGGGAGCAGCAUGGAAAUGGCUAGCAGGUUCACCAGACGCAGGCGAUCUUCGGCUCGUCAAUACAUCAAUGAAUGAACUCAUUUCUGCUAACAAUCUACAAGUCCAAAUCAACGACAUGCUAAACGUACGGAUUCAAAAGCUGGUGGAUACCAUAGAAGAAAUAACGAAACAAUCCUUACUGAACAAUAUCAUAAUGAAAGAGUACGAAACGAUAUUGUUUCUACCAUUCAGGGAAAAAUUAUUGAUUGAAUCGAUAAUUCAAAAACAAGGAAUAUCAACUUCCUUUCCAGAAGAAGCGCUUGCCUACGUCACUACGAAAAUAGCAACAAAAAAAGAUAUUCUUUUGUACAUCAUUGAAGUACCACAAUUUUCUAAUACCACCGGUGUUUCCGAUAUAAUCACCAUACAUCCGCUUAUCAUCAAUGGUACUAGAAUAGUGAAUAUCCCUACAAGAAUCAUAAAGACAGCAGAAAAGUUAUACACCACAUCAAAACCAAACGAUUUUGUCCAGUACCAAGAGUACCUUCAAGAGAUUUAUGACGAAUGUUCAGUCUCCAUUAUACAAGGGAAAGUCAGUCACUGCCACAUUACAAAUGACAACAACACACUUAUCGAUCUAAUUGCCCAAAAUAAGGUGUUGAUCAACAAUGCAUAUAAGCUCUUACUCCGUUCUGAUUGUGGAACGCGUGACCGCUACAUAUCUGGUAACAGUCUGUUGACGUUUAAUAAUUGUAGCGUAACCCUUAACAAUCGGACAUUCGUUUCUAAAUAAAUAUUAUACACCGAAGAAGAUAUACAAGGAGCUUUUCUAAACCUGGAAGUUAACAGAAGCCUCUCACUCAACCUGCAGACCCUGAAGGAAGAAAACAUGAUACACAGAAAAAUGAUAGAUCAUUUGAAACUGUCACAGUAUGAGCAUAAAAACUGGAUAUUAAGCAUUAUUGGAGGUCUUUCGAUAACUACAACAAGCUUGAUUAUACUAAUAGCCUACAUGUGCCUAUGCCAGAAGAAGAUAGUACGAAAGCAUCGUUGCAGAAAACAUAAGAAUAGCCAAGGCCGAGGACGUCCUUCUUCAACCCCCGGAGAAGUCACACAGUCCAUCGCUUAAUGCACCAGACGA